ACCAUGUAUGUCUAAUUUGUUGUCACUGUUGUAUUAAAAUAGAAAUGGUCAAAUAAUUCCACUUGCACCUAAUUUACCAUCUUUCUCAGAUGUACUAACAAGUACUACAUAUAUUCUUGAUUUAGUACCAUGGUAAAUAUUCUAUCCUACGUGGGCAUGAACGUGCAGUCCGAGGUGUGUCUGUGGACAAUCCUUGGUCUCCUGCGAACCAUUUUCGAUGCAACUUUGUUUAAGGUUAACGCUAAUUUGAAACAGGUAUGGCAGAUGAACAUGCCAGCAGAAAUAUCUAUGCCGGUGCAAAGAGUGCUGCGCACCAUGAUAUCCGGCAUCAUGUUGGUGCAGUGCUUCACCGUCUACAUUUACCUUGCCACGUAUAUCGUCUUGCUAUACCCUGCUUUUCUGGAGGAGCGCCCUACUUUAGUAUUGCCAUGGUUACUGAUGGCGGCGAUCAGGAAACUGCUGUGCGAACUGCUGAGCCUCGCUCUGGGGCUGGGCACGUGCGUGCUGGUGGGCGCCGCCCGCCCGCCCUGCGUCAAGUUCGUCAUCGUCAAGAUUGCCUCCAUCAUGCCUUCAGUCUAUAUGUGGAUGCUUGUUCUGAAUUACUAUAAGACUUUGAAAGUGGCAUCAGUGUUUCAAAAGUUCCCUAAAGCUGUGCCAGCGAAUGAUUUUGACUACGGCCUCGAGCUCGCUAUACGACGACGGCGUACUAAAUCUUUACUAGGCGAAGCGCAGCUACGGAGACGAUUAUUAUCUAACUGGAACUUACGAAGAUUACUUUGGUAACGAAAUAACGGUGCCUCGCAACGCGGAUCGCAUUACAGAGCAAUUGGUACUGAUGUUAUUGAGAAUAAGCGCGUAUUUAAGGAAAACAAAGUACGAAGGAAUAGAUCUAUUUGAGUCACACCAACUUCUUGUUUCAUCGUCAA